ACUCUUGAGACACUCCUGCCUGCUUGUAUGCAGUAAAACAUUUGUCCUGUUUCCACCUAAAUCCGGCGUUUGAAUGCAGCGUGUGUUUGGGUUUUUCACAGUGAAAGCCAACUCAGGUCUUUUUGGGUCAGCCCCUAAUGGGAAGGCGUGGCGGAAUGUUUGUAGGAGCUGUUUUUUCAACUGAUGGUGAAGUCUAUGGUCAUCCACUCGAGUAUGGUUGUCUGUGGUUCCUUAUAAAUGUCGUUUGUGAACUUCCAUCUCCCGACUGCAGCAAAUCGGUUUCUUCUAUUGUCAUGAUAAUGACUACCAGUACGCCCCUCGUACGCCAGAUUCAAAGGAAAGAGGAGAAGCCUUUUUGAUUAGAUCGGAAUCAUAAUCAAAUUUAUUGGCCAAUUAUGUUAGAUAUACACCUGGUAUUAUCCACGGUAUGUAGAGCCACACUCGUAAACAACAACAACAAAAAUGCAAGCACACAAAUAAAGCAAAAGUACAUUUAGCACAAAAGUACAGAGAGCCAUAUACUUUAGUAUUGUAGCCAUUUAAUGAUAAAAGCAGUGCAAAGGAAGUGUGCAAUGACAGCUGUGCAAGUGAUGAAAAGAGUUGUACAACCUUAAGUGCGGCACUGUAGAAUAGAAACAUUAGAGCAACCAAUGCAGUUUUGACAAAAAAAUAAAGCGAUGUUGACAUGAAAUGCUGCUAAAUGUAAUACAUAGUGACAGUAGUAUGCAAUACUGAUUGAUGGUCGUUAUUCAAUUUACAAAUGUAGACUUCGAGGCUGAAACAGUCACUAUGGUAGUACUGUUAAAACAGAGCUGUAUAAAAUUUGGCAGAUUCGAUCAAAUGGAAUUAGAAAUCUAAUUUAAAAAGUUAAUUACAAUAGGAAAAAGUCUGGAUGAACAGCAAACCUGUAUUUUUUCCAAACUAUCAAACCUAACUUGACAUUAUGUUUCAAUAAUCUCAAAAUGGUUUAUUUUUUCUAUUUUAUUUUAUUUAUUUAUUUUUGGGUGGGGGUGGGGGUCAGAACAAUGGCUCAUAUGUGUUGUGUAGUAAGUACUUUUUGCUUUCAUUCUUCUGUAGUGAAAUUUACAAAAAAACAUACUUUGCUAUAGUGGUCAACGAUGAAACUGCCUCCCAAAAUUUACUAAAGGCAAAGCAAAAUAUAGAUAAACAAACUGUACAAGAGCAAACAAUCUGUGCUGAAGCGGGAACGUGAAUAUGGAACUGGACUGAAGGGGAUUACUGUAUUUCUCUGCUUCUUUGAAGUUAUUUCCUGAUUUAUGUGGGCCGAAUGAAUGUGACCAGCACAGAUGCAAUUUGAUCUACUUUCCUAGGCAGUGAAAUUACAUAAUGGGCCCUUUCAGUAGCCAUGUGCUUACUUGGCUACGAGGGGGUUAUUUUUAGCAGCCAGCAUGUUGCCCUUCCCUUUCAUACAAUGGUUGUCAGCCUCAUUGUGGUGAAUCUUUAACAAGGGGCCUUUUCCUAAGCCCCUCAGAGGAGUUAAUUAAAGUGAUAGAGGCUAGAGCUGAUGAGCCACACCACCGUGACCUUGACACUCUGCUUUUCCCACCUCGUUGCAAUUGUACCUGCAUAAUCAAGAAGUAUGCAUACACACACACACACACCAGCACACACACAACCACAACCUCAUUGCCACUAGCUCCAGAGCCACUAAAUCACUGGGGAACCCCAACAAUCUUUGCAUAUACACAGAUACUUUGUCACACAGCGUGGUUGUGUUACUUUGUGGACAAAAUUAUUAUUUUCCAUCUGAACAAUCAAAGAAGGUUAUUAUGCUUUUGCACAUGCCUCUGUGCUGAGGGGAUAUUGUUUCUUGAUAAGACAAAAACACAAGGAGAGUUUUGGCGAUGAUGUCGAGCUCGUUAGAACAACAACAGCGUUGCGCAUGUGCAUGUCAUCACGGCGACACCAAAAUUGAAACGCAAUUAACAAUAGUCCAGUAGGAGAGCAGAAGCAUGUUACUGACGCACGAUGGAAAAGAUUCUGACCAAUAGGGCAGAAAAAUCAUGUUAAUAAGCAUUAUGGGAAAUAUUCUGACCAAUAGGAUAGCAGAAUCUUAUGGCGGGUCUUUUAAAAUUUUCUGCCAGUGGCAGUGUUGUCAGUAACGCGUUACUGUAAUCUGAUGACUUUCUUUCGGUAACGAGUAAUCUAACGCGUUCAUUUAUCCAAUCCAGUGUUCUGAUUAAAGUUUCCUUAUUGUCUGUGCGUUACUAUUUUGUUAUUGCUUCAUAAUGUACAGUAUGUAGAAUGAAGACUACUCUAGUUAUGUACGAACAGCAUUUCUAGUAGAAAUGUUGCUCUUGCGUUUGGGAGUUUUCUCAUGGGAGAACAAAAAAAAAAAAAAACGGGUCACGUGUAGCUAUUACCAUGCCGUUUGAUCGGCGCUGAGAGUGCGGCCAAAACAAUAGCAUAGCUACCUCGUCAGGACGCGAAUAAUGACAGAGCCAGGAGAGCUACCACAAACGGUUGGCUCACGUUCUGUCCAGUGAAGAUGGUUAAAAUAUUUCCCUGCGUCGCAAACUUUGCGCUAGCUCAAAAACACUGUGGACUGCUAAAAACUCCACAUUCAAUUCAAGGAACCAAUUGGAAUUACAGCGCAACGCGUCGAAACUCAAAGCAAAGCCUACAGGUUACGAGAGCACAUUUACAAUUUGUAACCAGGCUUUACGUACAUUUUAUAGUUACAGUUUGUAGUUUGCAGUUAGAGUUUGGGUGGGACUUUUGGGUGUGUAGGGGGGGACUUUUGGCCUGUACUUUAGAUUAUAUGUAUACAUAUAUGGCAGAAAACACUCAGAUGACUUGAAGUUCCGCUCCGAGACCCCCAAUUUGACCAAAUUUCAAAAUUGUCCUAUAUGCAUGUGUGAUCCAUCAUUGGAAAGCUUAAAAUCUCAAUUUUCUGGGCGAAGAAAAAUUUUGAACAGGAGGGCAUUUAAAAAAAAAAAAAAAAAAAAAUUUUUUUUACAGCAAAACCCUAACUGGAGGCGAGAGCAUGCGAGAGCAGAAUUAAAGAGGCGAUGAUUUUAACGAGAUAUUAUUGUGUACUAACCUCGUUUCGAUCCAAAAACUCCAUGUAGCAUGUAUCAUCGAGUGUCAAGACACAGAUGUGAAUGGCCACAGUCGGGUUUUUGGGGGAUUUUAUGGGUGAAACAUGGUAAUAUAACAAGGACAUAACAAGGGUAGCGAUGCAGAAAUCGCAGACAUCAAGGAGUGGUCGAGAUGUUCUUUUCCAUAUACAGUAUUUACCCUUUUAAACGUUUUUUUCCUAAUUUUUCUUUGGAUCAAUUAUUUAUCAUCUAACAUAUUGGGGAAAAUGCGACAGUAACAAAAAAAUACAAUUAAUCGAUAGUUGUGAGGUAGAUACCCGUGACUUUUUUAAAGACGCCAUUUUUUUCAUUGUGACGUAAUUUGUGUAGAAGUUUAAAAUAUGCGAGUGAAUAAUGUUUUAAAGUCGUUUUUUAUUUUUUUAAACAAAACAUUAGACAUUAAUAUAGGAUUCUAAGCUAGAAAUGUCAGACAUUUUGAAUAAGAAAUAUAAUUACUUACCUUCUUUUUGUGGCUGGGUUGAAACAAAAGCGGUUGAGCGCCAUCUGUAAACAGGGGUUUCCAGGGUAAAAGGGACAAACUAAAAACAGUUCGGGGGCUUAAUGCGCCAUGAAUCUGCUAUGGCAGCAUAUAGACAUAUUGUUCUAUCAAACACAACAGUUCUUUUGGCUUAAAAUGCAGCAUUUUAUUUUAAAGAGGAGUGCAAGAGCAGAAACUGCUUUUUCAGCCUUGUCUGUGUUUUCCUCCAUAUAUAUAUGCACACCUUGACAUUGUUCUUGUUCAAUUCUCGGUUCAUGCUCAGUUGUGGUUGAAGCUUUUGAAAGCUUAGGUUUAAAGACAUUCUAAAUAUCCAUCCUCAGCUGUAGUUUUGGCUAAGCAAAACAAAGGUCUCUAAGGUACUUCUGUUCGAAAGAUAAUUUUGACCCAUUAUGAAAUACUUACUACUUUAGGAUUCUUUUUCAUUUCAUUCAUUUUUAUUGUUUGUUUUAUUGCUUUAAAAAACUUUUAUAGACAACAUUUUAAUAGCUAGGUCUUUAUUUUAAAGGUGAAGUUCAGAAUUUUUUACAUUAGGCUUAUUCUUCGAGUUGGCAGGGAUAUAAUUAGUCCUUGGAGUUGAUUUGAACAAAUUCCGUGCAGUUUAAUGGUUGAAAUCAACUCCGACUAAUUAAAUCCCCGCUAUAUCGAAGAUUAAGCCUUAUGUGAAAAAUUUGAUUUUCUGCUUUAAAUUAAAUUCUCGGAGAGUCAAUUACAUGUGAUGACAUUUUGCUGUUGUCACCUUAUGUUGAGGCAGCAAAGGGCGAAAAAUUGGUAAAAAGUAACUGAUAAAUUACUUUUAAAGUAACUUGGUUACUUUGAUCAUGAAGUAAUCAGUAAAGUAACUAGAUUACGUUUUUAAGGCAUAAUCAGUAAUCAGUAAGUAAAUUACUUUUUCAAGUAAUCGGUGACAACACUAGCCAGGGGAAAUUAGGUAUCUUAUUUUUCACAUGCGGAAUCAUUUUUCGCAAUAUGAAGUGAAAAAAGCUUCGAAAAACUUGUACCACUGUAUAUUCGUAGGGGAUAUAUCAAUGUGUAUAAAUAUACAAUCGAUCUGGUGAUCCAUGUUAACACAGACUCAUAAAAUAUACAUAAAAAGCAUCACAGAGUAAGAGAAAGAUUUGUCUCUUAGUUGAUGGGGCCAAAGACCGUGUCUCUCUCCCCAAAUACCCUCACAAUAUCAUAUUUAUCAUGUAGCCUACUACUGGUUGACAAAUUCCAGCCUAUCAUGUGGUUUGUAAGAUUAUCCUAUAAAAUUAGCCUUUGGUAUGAUGUACUGAGAGCCAAAUGCGCUUCUCACCAACAGUCGGCUCCUAAACAGGUCCGGGCCAGCAAAGUUAAAUAAUUAAAUAAUAAAGGUGCUCAAUAUUUCCUACUUAUGCAAUAGAGCCAGUCAAAGAUGAAAUGGCCAUGUGAAAAAGAACAUUGUUGCAACUAAAAAUAAACAUUCCCUACCUGGUGUCUUUUUUUUUUUUUUUUUGUCUAAAAGCAGGUUCCCCAGUAUUUUACAAACCACAUCUGCUAUGACAACAUCCCCUUUCGACAAAAUUUCUGCCACUAGUCCAGAGGUCGGCAACCCAAAAUGUUGAAAGAACCAUAUUAGACCGAAAAAACAAAAAACAAAUAUGUCAGGAGCCACAAAAAAUUAAAAGCCUUAAAUAAGUCUAAUAAUGAAGGCAACACAUGAUGUAUAUGUCCGAAUGAGCUAUAUUGGCCUACUAUCAAAAUGACUAAGUUGGAUUAAAAUACAUAAUGAGCCUUCAUGAUUUAAUGUUAAUUUUCCCUGCAGUGCAUCCAACGCACCACGACUACUCUGUUGUAUGAUGCAACCUCAAGUUCACUUCAUUACAAUAUUAAUGAAUUGUUUCAUUGCUUUUUAUGAAAUUAUAGAAAUGCAAUAAAGAAAUCCGAUUUUUGAUUUUGUUUUUAUUUUGAGGUUUCUAAAAACAAAAUGGAACGUGCAUAACAUCCCCUUUUCUGGUCAUGUCUUUGAUUUUCUUUAUUAUCUCGGUUUUGUUUUUGAAGUCUGCGCAGAAGCAUCAAAACAAAUGACCACAUAUGCUGGCUCAACGUCAUUCAAAGGUGAUCAUAUUUUGAUUUCCAAAAGAGGACACAAAUAACAGACAUAAGUAAUCCCCGUUUAGUCUUAUAUUCAAAGUUUAUAUAGAUCGAUAGCAUGCACGCACUGUCCGUGCAUGACACACACAUACGGACAGUUUGCGACUCUUGGCUUUGUAAUCAAUCUUGAAAUAUUGCUCAUAUGGAGCAGAAUGAAAACCGAGCAUUCUCAGGCAUAUCCUCAACCCAUUUUAUUUUUUUAUGACUGUUGUCAAGCCCGACACUCCCCCAAAAGCCGUGUUCAAGGCAAGCUAGGCGCUGACACACAGCUGCACCGCAACCAUAGCGCCAAGUCUCUCUCGCUCUUUGCUGACGUAAUUGCUGCAUGUAUUCCAAUUUGGGAGACUUGACAGUUCAGACCGCCCGCCACAUUCUGAAAAAAAUGUGGCCCAGAUCGGAUUCAAACCACAUCCAAAAGUGACCGAGAUCGGAUUUGAAAUGGUCCAUUUCUAUGCGACUUGUCCCGUUCAGACCGUAAAGUUAAUGCCUCACUCGAGUUGGAAAAACAUGAAAAAAUGGGAUUUGUGCAUUAAGACCUGCGGUAUGAACUUAGCCUAAGUUCUUCAGAAGUAAUGGAAGCGCACUUUAUCUCUCACACCCAACUGGGUACUUGGCUGCCAACAGGUGUUGUGACUUGCUUACAAUAGCCAUCUGCCUGGCAUCCUGCCCCGCUGAUAGAAACGAGUGUCGCAGGCUAUGACGCAAAUCUUCGUUGACAGAAAUGUUGAAAAUUAACAUUGAUUCAACACAUUUUUGCAGCAUUGGAAAACGUUAAGAAUGUUUGAGUCAUUUUUGUCCUCCCACAGAAACCAUAUCAAAACAAAAAAUAAUGUUUCCCUCAACCAUCUUUGUCCAUUUUCAAGCAUUUUUGAAAAUGUUCCAGGGAGCCGCUAGGUUAGUGCUGAAGGGCCGCGGCUCUCAAAAUACGGGUUCCCGACCCCCCGCACUAGUCCUUUCGUAAACACUUUGUAAACAUACAGUAGUAUAUAGUACUAUAUGUAUCACUGAUUUGCUGCCAGCCUUUCUUAUUCAAAAUGGAUUCGACUUCUAGGGGCGUCAAUGGCUGCCACUGAGUCCAAUGAGGUCCCUAAGUGUUAAAGGAGAUCUAAACCGAGAUAUCAAAAUAUUGUUAUAUUUUAAAUGUAUAUGUCUUCUUUAUUGUUAUAGGUUUUCUUAUAGCUAUGAUUGAUUUAAGCAAAACAAUGUUAAAAAAAAAAAAAAAAACAACAUCUAUCUUUGCCAACCACCAUUUUCAAUUUGUUUCAAUAUCAUGGUCGACUGCUGCUUCUCUCCAGAGACGAUUGUUUAUGCUGUUUAUUUUUUAUUCUACAAAGUCAAUAUUAACUGUGUUUUGACUAGUGCUUGCAAUUACUGUUUAUUCAUGCUUUAAAAUUGUUGGGGUUUAGCUUCUCCUUAUUAUGACACGUCCUGGCAGAUCCACCACCAUACAAGCACUUAAGUAAGUGAUAGUGUUUCCAUGGCGAUGACUGUAAUGCUUGUUAUGACAAGGCAAUGUGGCAUUCAAUAGAUUUUUGAAGAUGGUACUUUAACCUUAAAGUAGAAGUUCAGAAUUUUUGACAUUAGGCUUAAUCUUCGAAAUAGCAUGGGUUUAAUUACUUGGUGGAGUUGAUUUCAAUAAGUUACGUGCAGUUUGUUAGUUAUUUAUUAACUUCAGGGCUCCAGAGUGGCUAAGCUAGCGUGAGUCAAUGGUCCCAUCCUAGUAUGCCAAUAAAAAAAUUAUAUUAACAGGUCUAACAUAGUCAAAUAAAUUCAAAAUGCAGAUCUUUGUUCAAAAUACCCAUGCGGCCAAAACAAUGUCACCCCAAACUGCCGUAAUUAAUUUAUUUCUGCGGGACUUUUUUAAGAUGCGUAAUGCGACCACAAUAGAGAGGAGUGCUUCGGCCACUCGUGCUCCUGCUGCAUUCAAGGAAGGUGGCAAGUCGGACGUAUGCCACUCGAGUGGUAACAGUUGCGACUUCAAAGCGUUCCAAACUUUUUUUAUUUUGGCUGUCAAAAGACAUGUUGACCUCCUGCAAACUUGCCUUCUUGUAAGCGAUCAAAUAGUGGAGGAAGAACAAUGGCUAAGGUAAAUAGACCACACUGUAAACUGCCUUCUUUAGUUUUACUAUUGACGGUCUGCUUUUUGAUGGGCAGCGCAUUUUGUCGAGUGACGUCUGAUUGAAGCAACUCGUGAAGUCGGGGUACUUUUUUCUCUGACUUUGCGACUAGGGCCUCCCAGUUCGGGUGGCGUUCCAAUGAUAUUUUUCCUGGUCGAAGGUUGGAAAACUCUGACUUCCCACCUACCUCAAAUGCACCAUCAGUCUACGGAGUGUUGGCUGAAGAACGGCAAAAUAGUGAAACGUGCAUUUAGAGGCUGUGAAAAGUGACAGACGAAAUGUGCAAAUGAGAGUUUCCACAAAUUUCCUAUGAAGAACAAGGAACAAUACAAACUGGAUACUUGCUGUUGGCUACGACAUAAACAUACUGUUGGAAAAAAUAUCACUCCGCUCUGCUGCCUCUUACCUACAGAGCUGCUGGAUUACAAAUGUUGCUGUUCAUACUAGUUAUUAAGAUGCAAUGGAGAUUGCAGCUUACUUGAUAACGUUUGAAAAGCAUGAAGAAUGGCUAACAACAUCCCCUAAAACAAGGCCGCAGAAUGGGUCGAUGAUAUUGUACAAUAGGAAGAAGGUCAAGUACAGAAAGGAUGGCUACUGCUGGAAGAAGAGGAAAGAUGGGAAGACCACACGGGAGGAUCACAUGAAACUGAAAGUGCAAGGAGUUGAGUGUCUGUAUGGCUGCUACGUCCACUCGUCCAUCAUCCCCACCUUCCACCGUCGGUGCUACUGGCUGCUCCAGAACCCGGACAUUGUGCUCGUCCACUAUUUGAAUGUGCCAGCCAUUGAAGAUUGUGGGAAACCAUGCGGUCCAAUCCUGUGUUCCAUCAAUACAGACAAGAAAGAGUGGGCCAAAUGGACCAAGGAGGAGCUGAUCGGCCAGCUCAAGCCCAUGUUUCAUGGCAUCAAGUGGACUUGCAGCAACGGGAACAGCAGCUCUGGCUUCUCAGUGGAGCAGCUAGUGCAGCAGAUACUGGACAGCCACCAAACUAAGCCACCUCCCCGGACUCACAACUGCCUCUGCACAGGCACGCUGGGUGCCGGUAGCAGUGUACACCACAAAUGUAACAGCGCCAAACACCGCAUCAUCUCCCCCAAGGUGGAUCCUCGCACAGGAGCUUACAGCAACUCUCACUCUGAAGUACAGAACAACGACGUGUCUGAGGGAAAAACCGAGCACAGUGGCCAUGGCGGCAACAAAAGCUCUGGUGCAGGAGGCGGUGGAGGGGGCAGCACCAGGGAGAAACGUAAUGGGAAAGUCCACAAGCCUAUCUUGCUGCAUCAGAACAGCACUGAGGUUUCAUCCACGAACCAAGUGGAGGUGCCCGAUACCACCCAAAACUCCCCUGUGUCCAUCAGUAGUGGCCUCAACAGUGACCCAGACAUGGCUGACAGCCCUGUAGUAACAGGAAUGAGUCACGUGGCCUCCGUCAUGUCUGGCCUUUCCCAGGGGGUCUUUAUGUCAGAAGUUGCUGGAGACCCCAUCUACAGCAUGUCUCCAACUGCUGGUCCGAACUCUCACCUCAUGGGCACAGAUGCCAACUCCCAGGGCUUGGUGCUCUCAGUGACCCCUGAUCGCCACAAGUUCGCUUUUCCCAGCGGGGGAGUUGGAGAGCCUGGGAACACAGGAGAUGGGCUUUCCAUGUUGUCCACAGCCGGGGUUUCUGAGGAACUGGUGCUCUCAAGCAGUCUUGACUCUGGAACCAUUAAGAUACCAGAGACCAACAUGAACUUUGACCCGGACUGCUUCCUGAACAAUCCCAAGCAAGGCCAGACGUACGGAGGUAGUGCAAUGAAGACUGAGGGGAACUGUGCUUCAUCCUCCUGCGGGGUCAGUGGCAGCACCAACGGGACUCUACAGAGCUCUCCGUCCAUGACAGAUAAUAGUUACAGCUUCAGCUCAGCUUUAGUGAAAAAUAUCAAAACAGAAGACACUUCCUUUGAGCAGCAGCUGGCCAAAGAGAGUGGCUACCAGGUGGGAGCAGUAGUAAACUGCGGUAGCGGGGUGUCUGUGCCACCCGGUGCUGGUUCAGGUCAGGGCAACCUCACCCUGACCCCAGCUGGAUCCUUGCUUCCUUCAGGUGGUGGUUUAAGUCCGAGCACCACCCUGGAGCAAAUGGACUUCAGUGCUAUUGAUGCCAAGCAGGACUACACAUCCAGUGCUUCCGCAGUGAGCUAUGGGCAAGCAAUAGCUAGUCCUCACAUGCCACACCAGAACCGGUCUCCUAGUUUUUUCCUUCAGGAUGCCUCUCAGUCCAGCCAGACUCAACAGGGGAGGGCCAGCAUGGCCCAGAAAACACACAUGAUGGAUCACAACGCCCAUGAAUCUGGAGCUGCAUAUAUGGGGCUGCAUGUGGUGAAGACCGAAUCUACAGGCAGUAAUGGACACCUGCACCACCACCAGCAGACCCAGCAUAGGUCCAACUGUAAUGGAGGCUCACCAACCGACACCACCGGCCAUACCGGAUCCCUGCAGCUGCUACAGUAUCAGGGAAGUUUUCCAGGACUCGGCAGUGACCACGAGGAGGUGGUGGGUCUGGAACAGCCAGGCAACGUAACCUCUGGGCAGACAGGAGCCUCAGAAAAUGGAGCUGAGAAUUUACUCAAGCCAGGAGAUCAAAUGCAGUCCUGUGUGACAGGAAAUGGAGAAGGGGGUGCCACUGAGCACUACCUUCAAGCAUCAGAUAGUGGGGCAGGAGGAAAUGGCAGUGCGGGGGAAGGUAUGGCUCUCCACAACGGAAACAGUGAUGGCAGCAAUCGUACGCCACAGCAGCUGCAGCCUCUCCUCCAGGGAGCAAACAUGGUCCAAGGACUCUACAACCCUGUUACGACCCAUCAAGCCUUGGGGGGAGCCACCAGUAAUGGAGGAGGAGGGGCAGCGGGCAUGGAGAUCAGCCUAGAUCACUUUGACAUCUCUUUUGGAAACCAGUUCUCAGACCUCAUCAAUGACUUCAUUUCCGUGGAUGGCACUGGGACGGCCAUGUCCACUGGAGGAACCCUCUAUGCUCACCAGCUCGUCACGUCACAUGGCUCUGAUGGUCAGAACCCUACAGGUGGCGGGCCCCCACAGAGCCAGGAGGAUACCAGGAGUUCUGGCUACAACCCUUCGGAACUCUGCCUUCAACCGUGCUGCAGCCCCCAGUCUCUGAGUGGGGCUGCGGCUACAGGGGGAAACCCUGGGGAGGCAGGUUCACUGUCGUACAUGAAUGUAGCCGACGUGGUCUCCGCAGCUGUUGCACAUGGUGCUCUGGGCAUGCUCCAGGCUACUGGGCGCCUCUUCAUGGUCACUGACUACUCUCCUGAGUGGUCAUAUCCUGAGGGUGGCGUUAAGGUGCUAAUCACAGGUCCCUGGCAAGAGGCUGGAUCAAAUUAUAGCUGCUUGUUCGACCAGAUCUCAGUUCCAGCUUCUCUCAUUCAACCAGGGGUGCUGCGUUGCUACUGUCCAGCUCACGACACAGGUCUGGUGACACUCCAGGUGGCCGCCAGUAAUCAGAUAAUUUCCAACUCUGUUGUUUUUGAGUACAAGGCUCGAGCUCUCCCUUCCCUGCCGUCCUCUCAGCAUGACUGGCUCUCACUGGAUGAUAACCAGUUCAGAAUGUCUAUCCUGGAACGCUUGGAGCAGAUGGAGAGAAGGAUGGCCGAGAUGGCCAGCCACCAGCAGCAGAGCAGUGCUGGGAGUGGUGGCGCUGGAGGAGGAACAGGAGGAACUGGCGGAGGAGGUGGGGCCACUGGAGGUGGCGGAGGGGGAGACAGCAACAGCCAAACACAGUGUGGAUCAGGCCCAACGCAGGCCAGCAGCUCCUUCGAGAGCCGUGUCGUGGUAGUUUGUGAGAAGAUGAUGAGUCGAGCUUGCUGGGCCAAGUCCAAACAUUUAAUCCACUCCAAAACUUUCCGAGGCAUGACGCUCCUUCACCUGGCUGCAGGCCAGGGCUACGCUACCCUCAUCCAGACGCUCAUAAAGUGGCGCACCAAGCAUGCUGAUAGCAUUGAUUUGGAGUUGGAAGUGGACCCUUUGAACGUUGAUCACUUCUCCUGCACACCUUUGAUGUGGGCUUGCGCACUGGGUCAUCUGGAAGCUGCAGUGGUCCUAUAUAAAUGGGAUCGACGGGCCCUGGCAAUUCCUGAUUCUCUGGGCCGUCUACCCCUUUCCAUCGCCCGCUCUCGUGGCCACACCAAACUGGCUGAAUGUCUGGAGCAACUGCAACGGGAGGAGCAGCAACCACCGGCUCCUCUACCCCCUACAACUCGCAUGUCCUUCUCCCCGGCGCCCGACACCCCCACGACAGACAGCUGGAUGCUGAACUGGGCCAAUGAGAGUGUAGUCACAACCGGUGGAAAGAGAGGAGGUCCCGCUACAACGACAACCACAUCAAGCAACACCACCCACAACCCAGACUUGCGAAGGCCCAGGUCAGAGCCUUCCAGCUACUACACCAGCGAGGGUCAAAGAGACCUCCCGCUCGCUAAGAAGCAUAAACCCAACCCACAGCACUUUCAGACACGGCCCGACAAGGCCAUGUCUGUUCCUCUUAGCCUGGAGCAGCAGCAGCUACACAAGCUGUCCUCUAGCCCCAAGAGCCAGUCCUCCGAAAGCCCAGACAAGAGUCUGUCUAUAGGCGGUAGCACGGGGACAGCCAGAUGGACCAACCGGGAGAGUUUCUCCAUUAGCAACGUGGGAAGGAAGGGGCCGGGUGUCAGCGGAAGCGGCAGCUUGGGGAAGGAAAAGCUUGUCGCCCGAUUACGCCAGCGGGAACAGCUCGGCAUGCUGGUCAUGGCAGACAGAAACAUGGCUGAUGCAGAAAUGCUGUCCUAUCGGGAUGAUCUGGAGAAUCACGACUGUCUCUCGCAGAUGGAUGACCUACAGGCGAAUAUGAUGUCUCUGGCUGAGCACAUCAUUGAGGCAACACCAGAGAGGAUCAAGAGGGAGCACUUUACUGCUACCGACUCUUUGCCAGUAGAAACAUCAGGGGUCAACAACACCAUGAAUUGGCUGGCCAACUACCUGGGAGAUGUGGAGCAGCUGCCUAGCAUCCUACACUUACGAUCUCUGUAUAAUGAACCCUUCACCUCAUCGUCCAAACCCAACUUGAGUCCAGGAGGUUCUCCGCUAGCAGAGGUACCGUUGGAGAGGCCCACACUCCCAUCCCCAGCAGACUGGAGUGAGUUCAUCAAUGCUUCCAACAGCAAAGUGGAGAGAGACCUGGCCCAGCUAACACUGUCUGAUCCAGAACAAAGAGAACUAUACGAAGCUGCCCGUCUAGUUCAGACUGCCUUCCGCAAGUACAAGGGACGACCGCUUCGAGAGCAACAAGAAGUAGCUGCUGCUGUUAUUCAGCGUUGUUACAAGAAAUACAAACAGCUUACAUGGAUAGCUUUGAAGUAUGCACUUUAUAAGAAGAUGACGCAGGCCGCCAUCCUUAUCCAGAGUAAAUUCCGCAGCUAUCAUGAGCAGAAGAAGUUCCAGCAGAGCAGGAAGGCAGCUAUGCUCAUUCAGCAAUACUACCGCAGCUACAAGGACUCAAGCAGACUCAGGCCUCACCACCAUGGGGCAGCUGCUGCCCUUGUGCAACACAAAUUGAGAGGAAGUCUGCUCACUAAGAGGCAGGAUCAAGCUGCCAGGAAGAUCAUGAGGUUUCUGCGUCGCUGCCGCCACAGCCCCUUGAUGGACCAUAGACUGUUCAAGCGGGGUGAAAGAAUUGAAAAGGGCCAGGGAACAUGAGCCCACACAGAAGCCCCCCCUCGCAAUGUGACGUCACACCUCUAACGACUCCUUUUUUUUCCCUCCUUUGGACCCAAGAUAUUAAUAUAAAAUACAAUUUCACUACUCUUACACACAAUUUCCCCACUACAUCACUUGCAUUUGGAGCGUUGCAACUUCUACUACGGGAUUACAAACUUUUGGGGGGUGGGUGUUGCAUACAGUGCAGUUUCAUGGCUUUUUUUUUUUUUCUCGGACAUGAUUUUGGACAAAGAAGGAAAAGAACAGUGGAUCAAAAAUGUAAAGCUACUGUAAUUCAUAGCUGCUGCUGAAUAUCUCACAAAAUAAGGAGACCGUGCUGGAAGACUCUUAAUUGUAUUUCGGAAUAUUUUUAGGUGACUGAUCAAUUCCUGCAAUGAUGGAUUUUUUUUAAAUUCUAUAAUUCUAUACCAUUAACAUCAGCGACCCACUAAACUACAUGGAUAAUCCACAAGUCAGAUCAACAUCUCACCACAAUCUACAAUGCUCUGCCCCGUCCUACACAGCUGGAGUUGCAACUGAAUGUAGUCGGAGGAGCAAAUAGUUGCCUGUUGUUACAUUAUGGCUUGAAUUUGUUUCACACUGUUCGACCCUUCAUGUCUAACGUAUCUGUGAUUAAUAUCCAGGUUCUAUGUUGUAGAAUCCAACCUAGGGAAAAAAAUGCAUGACUUACGGCUAAGAAAAGUCUUUGCUCGUGUGUUUUAUGGUCUUAGUCUUUUGGCGGCAGGCUAAGUCUUUAUUGUUUUUGUCACACACGUUUGCGUGUUUUUCGUUGUUACAGUCAGUCGGGGUCAUGGUCAGGUUACGCUUGUUUUUCAAUAAACUUCAAAGCCCGUGAGGGUUUUUGAGGGAAGAUCACAUACAUUGCCUUGACAUCUUAGAGAUUCUUUGAAGGGUCCCUAAGAUUGUCCCAAAAUAGGGGUUUGACAGAUCCAUAUUUUUGAGAAUUGAGCAAACGUUUCUGUAUAUAAAGAAGGUUGGAAGUAAGUAGGAAUUAAAAAAAAAAAAGAAUAAUAAUAACACAUCUACCCAAAGGGGGUUGUAUUUUAGAAUAUAUAUUAUUUUAUUCAUUAAAAAAUGGGCCAAAAAGAGGUACAAGAACAAAACUAAUAUUUGUAUAGUUUUCUUUGAAUGCCUAAGAAGUACAGAUGUAUUGUUUGUAAAUAGUGUAUAUAACAGGGAUAAAAAUGAGGUAUGUGCAUGUAAAGUAAGAAGAGCCAAGGGUGGUAGAUGGGGGACACAACAAAGCAGUAGUGGCUAUGCUCUGUAAAAUUAAAACAAUUUCACUCUUAGAGUAUUUUAUUUUGAUUGUUCCAGAAAAAAAAAGAAAAUUUUGCUAAAGCAUGUCAUAAAUGCCAUAUAAAAAUUGAUACUAAAAAAUACUGUUUGUAGAGUUAGGUGUCUGUAAAAAUCACCCUAGAACAACUGAAAACUGUCUUUUCUCAUCUAUUCAUGUUGAGCUACCCAGAAUUCUUUGCCAUUGGUGCCGAGGAAUUUGAACGCGACAUAGCUUGGGAAAAUCAUUUUGCAAGGCUGACAAGAAAAUAUAUUUUCACUUUCAAGAUUACAUCUGACUGAUGACCACGAGAACAAUAACAACAAUAGUGCACAUUUUUAAGAGGGAGUCAUAUUUUAGAAAGCAUGAUAUAAACACUAUCACUCAUUAAUAUUAUAGCUUUUCUCUCUCCUCUCUCUCUCUCUCUCUCUCUCUCUCUCUCUCUCUCUCUCUCUCGCUCUCUCUCUACAUAAGGAAUGUGAUGAGUUACUGUGUGCAAUUUUUUCAAGAUUGUAAAUGGCAGCCUUGAUCAGCCGGGUUCUUUCAUCGCCAUCAACAAGAUCUUGAUAUGUGCCGUGCAAUGUUUCUCAGUAUUACAUGAUGACAUCAUCCUCAUCCAGUAUUUCAUUCUUGAUCAAGGCUGCCAGGUCCAAAGUGAUCUUAUGCUGUAUUCUGUGUAAAAAGGUCAAUAUUUCAAGCUGUAACACAUGUAGCAUACUGUGCACGGCUGUGCUCCUAUGUCAAACAGCCAAAGGUGCUACUUUUACUUUAUCCACAAUUGAAUAUUAAAAAUUGACUCUCAAUUUGUACAAAACUAAAAAAAAAUUUAGGUGUAUUUUGCAUAUGUUUCUCCAACAGUAAUUUGGCAAAGUAAAUGUUUUGUGUUUACCUAGCACCCUUCCCUCAAUUAGUUUUGUCUGUGUUUAUGUUAAAAGUGCCUAUUCACGCUAGUUUGCGCCAAUUUUAAAUUGCUUCGUUUUGUCUAUUGGAGUCACAAACAGGCUCACAAUGAUACCCUCCACUGACCAUAGCUACAGUUGAAAACAGAUGUUUACGUGCGCUAUUUAAAAAUAAAUUUAUACUAUACAUUUUUUUUCUCACUGUCCAACAUGGGUCCAAAAUUUAUCAUGUUUUAUGUCACUUCGGAUUAGCAAAAUUAUUUCUACUGUAUUUCCAAAAUGCCAUAAUACUUUGUUUUAUGAUUAUUAAAUCAAUUUUAAAACAUAUUCUUCAAAGUCAGAAGUUUGCAUAUACGUAUUUUCUGAAUAUGUGGUAGUAAUGUCCUCAAACUGUAUGACUUUGGUCAAACAUUUUGGACGUUAUUCCACAAGCUUCUCACAACAAUUACCAGGAAUUUUGGCCCACUUGCCUUUGGACGGACCCAAUGAAAUUUAGUUCUUAGGCCACAUUUCUCACAUGUCUUUUUAGAUCUGCCCAUCAAUUUUAAAUAGGAUUUUCAUUAGGACCAUAUGAUAGCCAUUCCAAUUUUUUUUUAAAUUUUUUAUCCUUAAGUCACUUUGUGCCCAGGCUUUCCCUACCUACCCUCUUUGAGAUAUUGUGCCAGUAUUUCAGCAUAAUGUGUUUUUCCCAUAAUGGUCUCUGUUUUGUCAAAUGCACCAGUUCCUCUUGAAGCAAAGCAACCAAACAACAUGACACAAGGAGCAAUUUAGGUUUUAGUGUCUUUUCCAAGGACAAGACAUGUCCUGGGACCCUAAGGCUACGUCUACACUAGCACAGAUAAUUUUCUCAAGGGUAUUUUGCCGACUACUAAGGCCCCCCUGUUUCUGCAAAGUACGCCUGCAUUUGCGCCAACUACGCAUGCAUUGAAAGGAGAAGCCUCAUGUUACGCCAUCGCCCGCGCAGUUUAGUACAUCUGAAAGGGAGGGCACUCAAGCUCGGCUUUUAGUAGCAGUCGCCAAGUUGUGAUUAAAAUAAAUAUUUACAAAACAACAACGAAGGCCUGACAUCAUUACUUGGGAUGUUACAAUCGAUGCUCAGUUACGCUCUCCCCACUUGGAAAAUACCAAACAAAUAUAUGGCGUGGCGCUGAAUAUAUUUCCUGGAAGUGGAAACUGCAGCAAGGAGGGCUUGCACAUAACAGUUACGCUCCUGGAAGUGGCGACUGAUCUAGCGCCUCAGUGACUUGGGGUUCCACACAGUUCAUUUUUCGGGGUUUAAUUUUCUUCUACGCAUUUUUAUAUACUGCAGUUUGGCCGGCAUUGUGUCAGGAGGGCCCUGCUGCUAGCUGAUCGGAGGCGAUGAACUAAUCCGCGAUGGGAGGACCACAAGUGGGCACUGAAUUAAAGCAUAUUACUGCCACAUACGUUUGAAGGUUCUAGAAAAAUGUGUGAAUGCAUGAUCAGCUCAUCAGAGCCUGUGGAAAAGAAAAGGGGAGCAGGAACGCCAUGUCGUGAUCGUCCACCUGCAUUGUUUACAAUGCGGUCAUGCUGCACUAAAAGUGGCGAUGGCACGCUCCGUGAUCCUUAGUAUCCGAUUGUUGUAUGAGGACAGCAGUCCUUAUUAAGCAGUGGGUAAUAUUACCCACCUACAUUAUCCGUGUAGCAACCAAUCCGGAUAAGUGGUAUACUACUGUGGCCGACAUGCCGUAUUGUUUAACUAAUUACACGUUUAAGGCCAAUAUCUGUCCUCGUGUAGACGUAGCCUACUUUGCCCCCAUUGGGUUGGCAGCGACUUGCAAUGUAACAGCACGACUGGUGUGUGAAAGUGCACGUAGAUAAAUGUGCUCUAUAAGUACGUACUCUCGAUUUUAACUUUGGAGUUUGAAGAAUAUAAUGGAAAAAUUGUCUUUGAAAUAAAAACUCCUCUUCUCAAAAUUCCAGAAUUUAGCAAAUAUUUUGGUAAUCCUAAUUGACAUGGAACAGAAAAUGAAUUCUUGGAAUUCAUGUCACACAGUGAGAAAAAAAGAACAGCACGGUUCUUUUUAUAAGGCUAUUUACAUUUCUGGUUUCAUAAUGUAAUAUUCCCUUAUCACACCAGUGUCUAUGCAAAGGCAUGGGAAGCUCACUUCAUUAUUUUUUGCCCUUCUUUCUGCGUGGCACAGCUCCCUCAAAUCCCAUUUUGACAUGCCACUACUGCAGUUUGUUGCAAUGCAUUUCCACCCUCAAGUGGAAAGCAUAGCCAAUGCAAAGUCCCUAAAAGGAGGGGGACUUAUUAUGCUUGCAUGGGUAAAAUAGUUAACUGAGUGAUAGAAGUGCACCUGACGCAUGCUUUCUUUCCUAGAAUCAAUAGUCGGAUGAACUGACACAUGAUUGACAAACUGGUUCUGCAAUACGAUGAGCGAUGGGUUGUCAUGCCGCAGGAAGGAAAGCGGCUCGAGAAGCCCUCUAAAUGGUAGCUACUAAUAUUUUCAUGGCAAAGCACGUGGAUUGAUUUUACAAACAGCUUGAAAUUAGCCUUUUUUCCCCUCUUUUAAUUAACAUUUUUCAUUCCUUUUAAUUGAGUCUGUGCUCCAAAACUGAAUGACAGGAUUGUGAAAUGGUACAAAAGUCUAGUCAUACAUGUCAGCGAUCAGUGUCGCACUGCUGUUUCGUCUCCCUUCUGUGUUUUACUCAGGGUGCCAAAAUGGAGAGGAGGAAUGAAAAAUGUUUUCAUUUUGGUGAAUAUUUUAGAGGCUUGUCAAAUCGUUGUGCCCAACAGAUUAGUAUAAAAGAAGCUCUGUGGCGUUAGUCUGCCUUAUUGACAGAAUGACAUUUGAGCAUCUGCCUUUCCUCCUCUUCUUUUUCCCACUGCCCUCGCCAAAGAGAGGUACAGUAGACACACAUCAGGAUAAGUAGUCUCACUACAUCUUCCACUCGUCAACAGAGCAAUAAAAGAGACCUACGUUUAAAACGACCGGGCACACGUAGUUGACUGACUCUUAUGCAAAGACAAGCACUCAGUAGUUUAUGGAGAGAAAUUAUAUGGCACCCUAUAACCCAACUGCACGUUUUCAUCAAUGUCCAAGCGAGAAGAAAAAAAAGGCCCUACUUUAAUAGAAAGUUAUGGGUCCUUGACACUUUGCAUGUGAUGAACUAGUGUUAGCUCUACUUUCCUCUCCUCUAUAGCGCUCUUUCUCUGUCUUCCCAUGUUAUGUGAAUUUUCCUCCUGCCCUUCAAUGUUCCGGCUAACCUCAGUUCUCCUAAUGUGUUUUUGCGUUCUGCUUUUUUGUUUUUGCCCCCUCCUUUCCUUCUCGUCUGUAGCUUUUAUUUUUGUAACUGUGCAUGUACAAGCGUCACUGACUCGAUGGAUAUGUUGGAAAAAAAAAAAAAAGUGAUUUCAGCUGCUGAAGCCAUGCAAAACAUUUUGAAAUGCCCUUAAAUAUGGAAGAUGUUUUCUGAAUGCUUUAUAUUCUUUCUGCUGUAAAAUAAUAAAAAAUGACAAAA